CCGUUUCUCUCCACUAAUGACGCUGUUGGGAAAUCUCGCAACGCGGCAGAGAAGGAAGUCAGCGGCGUUGCGGCCAGUCAAAGCGCAGGCACCGCAGCAGUCGAGUGGGCGCGGUUCAAGCCGAGGGCGACAGCGGCCGCGGCUGCUGCAGGCGCUCGCUUGCCCGCCGUCCGGCCGGCGGCCCCACCUCAGAGGACGGAGUGCGCCGUUCCUGCGCCCAUUGGCUGGCGACGGCUUUCGCCUUGCGCUGCGGCCUCGCCAGCCGAGGAAAGGGGGACUCGAGCGGCUGCAAGCGGCGGCUCCUUCAUUGAGUGCGUUGCCGAAAAGAAAGAAAAGUGUACUACAGCAGGCCAGUUCUGCGGGCGACCAUGUCUUCUCGCUUACCGCCACUGUCGACGUUCGGAGCUCGGCUGUAAUGCUACGGCGCUAUUUUCCUACGCGGCACCAUGGGCAAGAUGCAGAGCAAGCACGGUGACUGCAUCGUUGUGAACGCGCAUUUCAACCCCGUUUGCCAGCUGGAUGACGACCUGCCGCGGCAAAAACCGCAGAGCCAGACAUUCGCUUGCUCGGAGCUGUCCCUGUCACUUUGUGAUGAUGAAAGCUGCAAACCAAAUGACCAAUUUGAGGAAGAGAAAUGUUUGCAUCACGAAGGCAGCACAGGCAGCACAGAAAAGGUGACUACACCAUCAUUGACGGAGGAUGACGAGCGACCAGAGAAAGCUGAGGAAGAGAGGAGUGAGAAGGAGGAACGAGGAGAAAGUCUUAAUGCAACGGAUGUGUCUUGCAAUAAAUCCCACCAUGGUGAAGAGAGACAGGAGUUUUCCUUUACACUCUACGAUUUCAAUGGUCAUGGCAAGGUAACGAAAGAUGACAUUGCAAGCCUUGUCCGCUCCAUUUAUGAUGCACUGGGAAAGAAGAGCCUGCCGAAGUCGGGUAGUCGAACCAUCAAAGUGCGACUUGCUAUUGGACCGGAUGAGGACAGCUGCCCAGUGCAGACCCGGCCACUUUCUGAGUCUUCAGCACGCAGCAGUGCUCCAACAGCUUGCACAUUGCUCACAGAUGAACCACCUCCUAGUCGCAGACCACCAGAGAGCCUUUCAGUUCCUGUGCACAGAAAGUUUCCACCACAGGCAGAAAAUGUUCCUUCAGCAGGAAACAGGUGCAAACACCCAUCUGGUGGAGUGCCACCGUCACCAUUGGGAAAUCGCUCACGGAGGGUUAAGCCUCGUGUUCAUCAGCGACAUGAGCUGCUACAAUGGCUGAAAGAGAGCACAGAGAAGGCUUGCCAUCAGUCAUCUGCUGCAGAAGACAACAGGCGAUCGCAGCAGCAGGCGGCAGGCCGCAGAGCUGAGGCCACCUCUCGCCCAGAAGCGGCCCCAUGCCCCUAUCAGUUACUAGACCGAGGCCACGAGUGUGGCGGUGCUUCUGCAAGUCCUCAGUGUGAGCGGCGUCAGCAUAGGCGCUCAAAGUCACACGAGGAAGAGCCACCCUGCCGCGGCUGGCACCACCACUACCGGCACCGAGAGCGAGACUUGGAGCGUCAGCGUGCCAUGCGCCAGGUGGCCAGCUGGAUAGAACGCGAGCAACUGACCGGCCCACCACCCCCUCCUGCUCAGCGUCACGAGCACCACCAUCUGCACGAGCAUGUGCAUCAUCACUACCAUCACUACGUUGACUGACAGUGCGCCCAUGCUUUGGCUUUUCCCUGUAGGUACACUGGCCGGGAGCAUGAUGUAGUACGCUGACUGGGAAAGCAGGCUCUUGCUUCUCUAAACAUAGACACAGUGGCAGCGGGCAGCUGACCAUAGGCAUCCACUGCACAGCACCACAGACGUACACAUCCUGACCCUGUUGACCAUAGUGACAGUGAGAAAGACAGUUCUGCCAUCGUGGAGCCAAGCAUUAGGAUCUACGGCAUCCCAAAGGUGCACAUUGUUCAUCACUAACUGGACCACUGCACCGAAAUGUUAGCCUGUUCUCCACACCAUCAGGCCUCCAUAUUUGUGGGUUUUCUACUCUGCUGAGAAAGUAAUUGGGUAUGCCAUGAAAUGAGGCUGGGAAGAUCAUCCCAUUUCCUAAGCCUUAAUGGGUGGAACUUUGUUCCUGGGGUUAGAAAAAGUGAGGUGAAAGAUAGCUAAACGAGGUAACAGGUUAGAAAAGAUACAUGCUGCCUCAUAUUUUAUUUACACUCACAUGUACACAUCCAGAAUAGGCUGUUGCAAUUGUAAUUUGCAUGUAAGUGUUCUGUGGAGAAUGUUUAGUAUUUGUUAGUAUGAUGCUUUUAGAGUGUGUUUAAAGUAUUUUGUCAUGUGCCAGUAGUUGGAUGCCGGUGAUGGUAUUAAUCAUAAUUAGCAGAGCCAGUGUAUCUGGCCCAUGUUUUGAUAAGCUUUCCAGGCAUAGGAAUAUCUCAAGCAUCAUUUCUUUUGCUCUGCAUUGUGGUUGCUCAUAGGUGCAUCUGAUUAAAUGCAAUAAUGUACUUUGAUUUUAUUUGGUGCAGCUGUCAACACUUGCACGUCUUUCUGCACAUUUGCUUAGCAAAAUGCAUGGCAGGUUACACACGUUUUCUUCAUGUAUAUCAGGGAUGGUACUAAAAUGUUUUAAUCCAUACAGUAUAUGUGUACUUUUCUCACUUUUGGCUCGCAUCCUUUUAACAUUAAAUUAUAAAAAUUCCAAGGAAUGCUGCGUAAAUGUAUUAGGUGCUUGGCUAGUUGACCUCAUACAGCUUUCUGUAACAGUCAAGUAUAGUGAAAAGUGAAAAUCUCCAGCAUAGUUGUUGGACAUGAGCCUCAUGCCUAUUUUCAUGAGUCCCAAGUGGAAAGUACUAUUAAAAGUGAAAAUUAUGAUAGCAAGUGUAUCGAGAUAACUUGGUUGAUAGGACUAUUUAAUACAAGCUUCCAUGCUUUGAGUGGAUCUCAACUAGUUAAGAGUCAAUAACAUAAUGAGCCUGCGAUUUUUAUUUGCAUUAUAAUUUACUAAAUUUGCUGACUGCAAGAAAUGCUUACCUUUGGAGAAUACGAGAAGGCACUUUUGAAUUUGGUAGAAUAGCCAUUGAUGGAAUAUGAACAAAGAAUUUGUGUUCAAGCUUAAACAUAGAAAAGAAAGCAUCUAAGAUUGGGGGUGCAUGUCUUAUACUUGGCAUAAAAACAAUCAUGUUAUUUCUUAAUGUGUUAAUAAUGCAGUAAAUGUAUGCUUCGGCUCACUCACUGGUAGUAAAAAUUAUACUGAAGGCAGACUACCAGCCUUGAUUAACCGGUUUACUGCUGAGGUUAAUUUCCGGUAUUUAUUGAUGUACUGUAAAAAUGAAGAUGAAUGAAAAUUGAUGACAACCACAAUUUGCAGUGUGGUACUGUUGAAAGCAACUUUAAAGCAUGUGAACCAUGGGUUGGAGGUGUAGUAAAGUCGAGCUCACUUUUAACGGCCCCACUUUAGAAGAAACUCUCAUUUAGUACAGAUAGGUUUUCAUUGCCCAAGACAGUUUGCAAGAAGUGCAGAGUGUGCUGACCACUUAAGAUGACUUGGUCACCGUACUGGGCAGUUCGAACAGCACAGCUCGCUAUCCUGUUUAUGUAAAAAAUUGCCAUACAUCUUUUUUGCACAAAAUGUUAAACCUGCAACUUGUUAGCUUCGUAAAAAGAUGUUUUAAGAGAAAGUACAAUUACUGUAUUUACUUGAAAAUAGGUCGAACAUGAAUACAGGUUGACCGCUAUAUAUUGAACUCACCGAGAAAUAAAAAAUUGUAAUUCGGUGUUGCCCUAGGUGGCGCUUCUCAGGAUGCUUUGAAUAAAGUUCUUCGUAACCGUAAUUUGAAUAUAGGUCCACCCAUGUCUUUUUAGACAAAGUUUUAGACAAAUAAAUGACUUGGAACAUGGCAUGUUUUUCUUUAUUGUAAGCUCAUCUACGAAAGCUUGCUAGUCAAUGCUAUAAGCUGCAUGCUCGUCGGAUGCUUUGCAGGCGUCCUUGGCACCCCAAACAAUGUUUUCCUCGGUGCUGUUGAGUGCGUUGGCUGUGCAGCAUUUCUUGAAGGCCAGUCGGGAUAAUAUUCAGUGGGCACGAUGAAUAAACUUUGUUAGCUCAGUACUUUUGCUAACUUAGUUGAUGAACAUAGGUCAAGAUUCUUUGGUCACGAAUAUAUGUCAGUAGCUCAUUUUAGGGAACAUUAAAAAAAAAUUUUGUAUUCUUGAAUUGAAAGAUUUGUAUUCGUAUAAUUACGGUAUAAUGAAACGUUAUAGUAAACACUUUUUGUAUUGUAAGUAGUUCGUUGUAAGUGGGCUCGACUGUAAUUGAUAAAGGGUCUGUAAAUAUGUGCCUUGUAAAAACUGAAGGUGCUACAGCAGACAAUUUUAGCACUUUGUGGAGUCCAAGCUUUCUUUACUGCCGACCCUAAUUGCAGGGUCUUGUACUGAUAUACUGAUAUACAUGGGUACAUCAACACAUCACUGCCAAAAACUUAUUUUCUGUGCCUCCUAGCCAAAGAAAAAGAAAAUGAAGAUAUGCUUUCUGACAAGGUUUGCAGUCUUGAGUUACUCCUUUCUAGGAUCUAGUGCACAUAUAGUGAAGAGAAUUGAUAUUAGUCUAAGCCUGGAUGAUAAUCUGCUGAGAAACACUCUGUUUUGGAAUAUUUGUCACUGUUGGGCAUUAUGAAACUGUUCUCUAUUUAAAAGCUAGUCCUGUUUGGUAUUUGGGAUGAUGGCCUUGAUGCUUUUGUUUGAGAUUGUGUGUUCUGUACUGUUCUAACAUUUCGUUUUAAAAUGAAACACUGAAAAUGCUAGUGCAUUUUAAUCACAGAACCUUUUUCAUGUCUGAUUCAGACAUCAGACUUCACUUGUGCUAUUUGAAACUCUUCACUUGAGCAGAAGAUUUUCAAGUUUACUUUCAUUUCAUGCUUUCCAAAUACAAUGGAAACCCAACCACUAUCACAGCUACUCUGGAAACGAAAAGCAGGGAUAACAAAAAUUCCUUUAUAAAAUGGUAUGCUCCUUGCCAUGUAGGCUUGCAUCUGCUAAAUUGUGUGUUGUAAAUAAAUUUAUGAGAAAAUGGUAAAUGUAAAAUUUAUUGAAAGAAUGUAAAAUUUAUUUGAAAGAAUGACAGUAGGCACCCAUGUGAUUAUGUCAUUGCUACCAGCUUGUUUCCGUCUGCUAGCCUGGAUCAUAAUAGCAUGAUAGCUUGUAACAGAAGACUUCCUUUAAAACGAACUUUAAUGCACUCUGUUCAUUACAUAUUAGGCUUGAAGCAAGUUUGCUGCAUCUGCAGGAAACCAAACAAAGGUGUCAAAACUGUUCAGCUUAUCCAAGAAUUGAGCUCUAAGGAGAGGCUAUUGGAUAUGCAUUCUUCAUAGAACACUUUUUUUUUUCCAUGGUUGGAUAUAAAAUGUUCUGAAAACAAGUGUUUUAUCAGACUGUGUGAGCUUUGUAGUUCUACAAGCAAACUUGUUGCAACCAUGUGAUGAAAAGUUGGGAAAACAUUAGUUAUGCUUUGGCACUGCUUGAUGUUUUUAAUCUAACUGGACUUUGAGAGUCCUUAAAGAUGCUGUGGCUGGACAGUAGGAUUUCACCAGUGAUUUUGGUAUACUGUGUGCAUGUGGUACAUUAACCCUUUCAGGCCGAAAUUAAUUCUGUUCAUUGUAAAAAAUUGGUCUUUGCAAUUUGAGAUGUGCAUGAUCGCGGUAGUUUUAAAAAAUUUUUAAAUCUGUGCUCACACUUUUCAAUCAAAACUUAUUAAAUGAUUCCAAUUGGAAUCAGUGGGGCUUGGUGGACUUGAGAUGCGUCGUUUCAAGCAAUACGUGAAAAGUCUAUUUUAGGUGAAAUUCUUUGAAGCAAUUCUUUUCUUUGUUGAGGCAGAGGUGUGUGCCACACUUCUUGUAACGAAUGCGGGAGUAAGAGCGCAUUCUUUAUUUUUUAUAGUUUGCGCAAUGGCUUCUUUUUCAUCGGACGAAUCAAUGUCACCUCGAGGGAUCAGCUCAAGCUUCGCGACUUCUUUCUUUUUCCAAUAAAACUCACAUGCGCUGAUUGUCGCCAUCUGUUCCGAAAGAAAUUGCCCCCAUUGCCCCCAAAAAAGUUUAUCUACACGGCAUAAGCUCAUAUCAACAGCAUAAAAUCACAAAAAGCUGAGCAAGGCUCCACCAAUAAUACAGGCUCCUGACGUGAUAAUGAUCCAUCAGGUAACACGCGCCCAAAAAAUGGCCAAGUAUGGCAUGGAAACGCCGUUUGAGCACGAACAAACACGCGAUUUAGUCAGUGAGGUAACGUCAAUCGAAAAGGUAUCGCGUGAGUAGUCGGGGCCGCUACAUCCCAAUGAUUCCAUUUGGAAUCAUCAAGAUUCGCAAAGAUCUCCGGUACCCGCAAAUACUUUUUGCCGAAUAAUUUUACUGCGAAGGGAUAGCAUAGCACCUAAUAAUUCAAAUCGAAAUGUUCGAGACAAAAAUAAAAUUAUUGUCGUACCUCUGCACGGUGAAAAGAAGAGGGGAUCUCGGCUAAUGGCAGGAACAGUGCAAGCGAUUCUUUUAUUUUUUUUGUUCAGAGGUGACAGCACUUCCUUGAGUCUACCAGCUUGCCAGCAUAUGUAGAGCAAGGACUAAAUACGAGUUGUAGCGUAAGAACACUCUUUCUUUUAACCCGGGGUUCCCCACUGAGCUACAAAAUUGAUUCCAUUUGGAAUCACUGGGCCUUAAAGGGUUAAGGUAACCCAAAUAACUUCCCUUCAAUAUGCCUUUGUGCAGUUGGAAAAACCUUAUUUAUGUGGCCGUAUUUAGUACAGCAUUUUUACAAGCAUUCCUAUGUAUAGGUAGCAUGUUUUGAGGGACCAUAUUCUUUUGAUAUUGUUUGGCAGGUGCAGAAGCUUGUGCAGAAGAUGGACAUGCUCUGUUGUAGAAAGCUGAACAUAAUUCUACAAGCUACUAGUUUGACCUGUAUAUUCUAAAAGCUGCUGAAUAUUUUAUGUAACUUGUUUCCUCUCGCAAUGGAAAUCACUUUAUAUGUGUUACAUGCUGCGCUGCAUUGUGGACUACAUCUGUGCAUCAGUGUUUUUUGCUGGAUUUGGUGAUAUUGCAUCAAAUGUGUGUCAAUGUCAGCACUCCUAUUGCCCACGUGAGGGGAAAAGAAAACUGAAAGAUAUGCUCUUGCAGACUUUUUUCUUGUAUGUGUAUUAGGCGCAUCCUUAUGUACAGCAGGCUGUGGCAGUUAUAUGUGAAGAGUGGCCUAAUUUUUUAUUACAUUUAUAGCUGUAUACCAUUCAAAUUUCACUUCCCUGAGCGCUGCUAGGUUUUGAUUUGAACUGAAGAAAAAUUGAGGUAUUUUUAUUUCUAUUACAUGAGUAAUGCGGACAGACUGGGAGGGCAUGGACAUCAUACUCAGUAGAUAUGUACUACUUAGGAAGUGGAAGGUAAUUCUUCAAAGCUUCAUAUGAGUACUUGAUGGGUCAGUUUGUAUACCUGUAGGUGUAUCACUGUGGUUAUUGAAGUUAUACUUCAGUACUGUCAAAGUACUCGCCAACUUUUAUUACAAAGAUAGAAAAAUUAUGUUUAGCAGUAGUGGUUUAUUGUAACACUCACUUUGCCAGAUAUUGUGAAACCUGUCCAGUCUUCCACUGCUUUUCUUUAUUCACUUAGUAGUGCAUAAUUGGAAGAAAGCUGCCAGUGAUGAGUUUUUCUGCAUUGCAGGAAUAACCAGUCAGUUCUUUUAGACUAUACCUGCCGAUAGCUCAGGUAGACAUGUAUAUUUAUAAGUUAACCUAGCGAAUUCCCCACAAUUUGGAGCAACCCAUGAAACAGCUUUUACAGAGGAAUGGUUAGCAUGUGCUAUGAAGCAAGGAAGUAAGGCUGUACAGUUCCCUUGGUUUGCACUCUUGGGUGCUUUGUUAGUUCAAUUGGUAGAAUAACCAAUUAGUGGAAAUUACUUAAAAAGGCAGAAAUAGUGCUGAACUUUUAUUUUAGCUGAAUGACUUUGUUUGAGUUGUUCAAUAUUCCCUUAUAUAAAGUAGGCAUAUUGCCUUCAUUAUGCACUGCUAAAUGCACCCCUUCAAAUGCCUGCCUGCUUCUGUAAAUUCAUGGCAAUAAAACACAAACAUUUUCUUUUUAUUUUUAUAUCAGUCUCCUUUCUACCCUGCACAUUUAUCCUGACUGCACUGAAUACUCGGUUGUUGACGUUUUCAGCUUGUACAUAAACUGCUCAAGGAGUCUCAGGGAUCAUAGAAAUAAGAACUGGGCAAACAUUCUGAAAUUUUUUGCAUUUGUUGUGUAUAAAGUGUGGACAUUCUUGCCAUUAUAUAAAUGUAUACAUAUGCAGAUAUUGUAAUGCCAUGAUGCGAUGGUGCAUUGAUAUUAGGUGCGCCUGUGUUAUUCUGCCAUAAUUGCAACCUGUGGAUUGUGUGUAAGUUAUUUUGUACAUAAAAUUCCAUACCUUAAGCCAAAUGUCAUGUCAAUGCUGCAUUGAGGGCAUUGGUCACACCAAGGACCUCAGCAAGGGCUAUUGCACCACUUUGAACAUUUGUACAACGUCACAAGUGGGGAGCAAGCCUCGUUGUACUGAGUGUGCUGAAUAAAUGUAAUAACUUCAAAUCAAAUUUAGUGGGCAGUUGUCAUUUCAUUGGUUGUAAUAUAUACUCUCUCGCGGUGAUUAUUACUGCCUGCCAUUUCUGUGCAGUCAAGCUUUUAACAGUGCUUACAAAUUCUUUCUGUCAAAAGCCAUGUGCCUAAGUAGAGAUGCUAAGAAGUGACUGACUCUCCUAAAUUUUGAUUUGAUGACGUCUCGAAAUGAUGUGCUUUCCAUAGGUUAUGACAACUGAAGUGCGUGCACUUUUCAAAUGUGCAUGUAUUGUUGUGCGUGUUUAUUUUGACAGCCUUAAUAAAUUCUUAAUGUUUGCCACUGGC